CCGAGCUGCCACCCACAGCUAUCCGAGCAGCUGCUGCCCUUGCUGCAACAGCGAGGGCGCAGGCUGCUGCUGGCACGUCCAAAGCUGCGGACCCAGGAGCCCCUCUCAUCAGGCGAAGCAGCAGGGAGUCAAAAAGCAGAAUUAUCAUGGUGGACGGGCAUCCUGUGCUGAGGUCAAACAACUAUGAUCUGGAGAGCGGGGAGCGGUCUGUGUUUGAGAUGGAGCUAAACAGGGAGCCAUGGUCGUCGGAUGCAGAAGUGAAGGUCAGAGUGGAGAGGCCCAUGUCGUUGAAGCGCGAGAUGCCAUUCGUAGUUCGGAAGCCGCACAAGCAGAUAAACGCUGCAGAGCAGGUGCGGCACGAGCACAAUACCAGCAUCCGCUCGGCUGCGUCGGCCAUGGAGGGCCGCCGUGCGCAGUUCUUCAACCGCCACAUGGCCGUGCUGGCGCCCUUCAUAACACCGCGUGCAGUCAACGCCAUACGGGAGAAGGCGGCGGCGCACGACGCAAGCAAGGAUGCAGUGCCGGAGGCGGUGGAGGCGCAGCCAGAGUGCGUGGUGGGCACCAUGCGCGAGUACCAGGUGGAGGGCCUGCGCUGGCUUGUCUCGCGCGUCGGCGACUCCGGCGUCAACUCCAUCCUCGCUGAUGAAAUGGGGCUGGGGAAGACGCUGCAGACGAUAGCGUUCCUGGCUUACAUGCAGACGGUGCGGCGCGUGGCGGGGCCCUCGCUGGUGGUGGUGCCCAUGUCCGUCCUGUCCAGCUGGACUAAAGAGUUUGCACGAUGGGCGCCCCACCUGCGCGUCGUGCGCGUGCACACCAGCUCCCCAGAGGACAAGCUGCGCAUCCGCCGAGAGGUGCUGGCGAAUCCCUCAUCCUUUGACGUGGCGGUGACCACCUAUGACAUGAUGAGCAGCAAGGACCUGGGGAACUCCUUGAGCCGGACCAUUGCCUGGCGCUACCUGGUGCUCGACGAAGGCCACAAGAUCAAAAACGAGCUGACCCAGGUCGCGCAGAGGAUGCGCCAUGUCAGCUGCCAGAACAUAGUGCUGCUGACGGGAACGCCGCUGCAGAAUAACCUGCAUGAGCUGUACGCGCUGCUCAACUUCAUGCACCCCGACAUCUUCACCACCUCCGACCCCUUCGACCAGGCCUUCGACCUCACCAAGAACAGGGUGGACAAUGACGCGCUGGAAGCAGCGCACCGGCUGAUUCAGCCUAUCUGCCUGCGGCGCCUGAAGGAGGAUGUGGAGAAGAGCUUGCCGGCCAGGGUGGAGACGCGCAUUCAUUGUCCGCUGUCGUCCAUGCAGACCUUCUGGUACCGCCGCCUGCUGCUCAAGGACAGCGCCAUGCUCAAGAGCCUGGAGACCGAGGUCACAAAGGAAGACGCUGGCAAUGACGCGUGGAAGAAGCUGCAGGCGCUCUUCAUGCAGCUGCGCAAGUGCUGCAACCACCCCUACCUCUUCCCGGGCGCAGAGCCCGACUUUGACGGCUCCCAGACAGGCGAGCACCCCUCCUCACGCAACAAAUGGGAGGACAUAGUUGAGGCGAGCGGCAAGAUGGCGGUGCUGGACCGAAUGCUGGCCAUGCUGCACGCGCGGGGACACCGCGUGACGCUGUUCAGCCAAUUCAACAUCAUGCUGGACAUCAUCGAGGACUACAUGAUCAUGCGCGGCUACAAGUAUGUGCGGCUGGACGGCAGCACGUCGCGCGUGCAGCGCAUGAUAGACAUCAACCGCUUCAACAUUCCCGGCUCCAAUUUGUUCAUCUACAUCCUCAACACAAAGGCGGGCGGCCUGGGUGUCAACCUGCAAUCCGCCGACACCUGCAUCCUCUUCGACUCCGACUGGAACCCCCAGUGGGACCUGCAGGCGAUGGCGCGCGUGCACCGCAUAGGGCAGACCAGGACGUGCCACGUCUACCGCUUCUGCACGUCCGGCACCAUCGAGCAGCGCGUGCAGCAGCGCGCCGAGAAGAAGCUCUUCCUCGACCAGAUGGUCAACUCCGGCCACACCGAGAGCGUGGAGGAGCUGGAGAAGCUGAGCAAGGGGGAGAUGCUCUCCAUGCUCAAGUUUGGCGCGGACCGAAUCUUUGCCAGCGAGGAGGGGCAGGCGCCCACCGACAAGGAGCUGGCCGCCAUCAUCGACCGCUCCGUCAGCCUCGGCCAGUCAGGUGUGCGGGCAUGCCUGCACUGCACGUGUCAGUUGGGGCUGCGGCGCAACCGAAAUUUAGCAUGCAUGCUGUGA